CAACACAAAUUUGAAGAGGGAAUUCAUUCCAUUUUCAUUUACUCAAACCUCCAAAUUAAGGAGGGAAAAAUAAUUUACAAUCCCAUGGAGGGAAAAAUCCAAAAUCAAAAUAAAGGUAAUCUACCUCUAUAAAUACAUUCACUCCACAUUUACACCAACAAUUGCCAAUUCCACUUACCUACACACCAACCAAAAGGUAUUUAUAUGUAAAUUCCCCUCAGAGCAAUUUCAUCAUAGGGGAAUGGAAAUGGAUCAAGAUAUGGAGCAACAGAUGGAGCAACAGAUGGAGCAGGAGAAUAUUCAGGAUGCAGAACUGGAGCCAGGGCCGAGACAAGGCCUGAAGUUGAGCAGCCAAAUGAAGAACCAUAUUGUACAGUUCCUACAACAGCAAUGCCAAGCUGGAGCACUGCCCCAUGGUUCAUUUCAAGAGGCAGCCAAUAGAUUCAAAGUGCACAGAAUUACAGUGAGCCGAUUAUGGGGGAUAGCCAAACAGCAAAUGUCAGAUGGGCAGCCUGUUAUCAUGAGGGGCAGAGCAUCAGGAUAUAAAAAGAAAACAGGUACAGUACAUUUUGAUGAUGAAAAGUUCAAACAAUUGUCUUUUCUUGAGAGAUCUUGCUAUAGAAAGCUUGCAUGUAAAAUGGGUGUUAGCAAGACAACAGUUGGUAGAUGGGCAAAGAGUCACCUGAUAAGGCCACAUACAAAUGCCAUAAAACCAGCACUCACUGAAGCAAACAAAAUCAGUAGAAUGAGAUGGUGUCUUACUCAUAUUCAGCCAGCUUUGGAUGAAGGAAAGCUUCUUUAUCAUGCUAUGCACAAUACAGUUCAUAUUGAUGAGAAAUGGUUUUACAUGACAAAAGCUUCAGACAGAUACUACCUGUUGCCGGAUGAGGAUGAGCCUUACAGGUCUUGCAAGUCAAAAAGAUUUAUCACAAAGGUGAUGUUCAUGUGUGCUGUAAGUAGGCCACAGUUUGGCACAGAUGGUCAGACCAUCUUUGAUGGUAAAAUAGGCAUAUUCCCAUUCACAGAACAAGUUCCAGCCAAAAGGAAGUCCAAGAAUAGGCCAAGAGGGACAUUAGAGACUAAACCUAUACCAUCAGUUAACAAGGAAGCAAUGAGAGAAUGUCUCUUGAAUCAGAUUAUUCCAGCAAUCAAGGCAAAGUGGCCAGCCAAUGCAAGCAAGGAUAUCUAUAUCCAACAAGAUAAUGCCAAACCUCACCUAAGAUCUUUUGACUCACAAUUUGAUGAGCUUGCAAGUUCAGAUGGAUUUAAGUUCCAUCUAAUCAGCCAACCAGCUAACUCCCCAGACACCAAUGUAUUGGACCUAGGCUUUUUUAGGGCCAUUCAAUCACUACAAGAUGAUAAAGUAGCAACCAACAUAGAUGAAUUACUGGGUAAUGUCUGGAGUUCUUUUGAGGAACUCACACCACAAACUCUGAACAAUGUUUUUUUAACAUUGCAAAGCUGCCUCAGUAAGAUCCUUGAAGUGCAUGGAGGCAACAACUACAAAAUACCCCACUUGAACAAGGAAAGGCUGAGAAGAACAGUGGGGCUUCCUACAUCCCUAGAAGUUGGGGAGAAUUUGGUCAAAGAGAGCUUGGAGUAUCUGCUACUACCUCAGAAUGAUGUGGGUGCCUCAUAUGACAUAGGGCAUUUAAUGAAUGUUUUACAGCUCUAAAUAAUCUACUUGGAUGUUAGGGUUUACAGUAUAAGCAUCAAAGUAGUUUGGUGUUUAGGAUGUAAACUUGUUUUUUUGGUUAUAGCCUACAUUUUGGGUUAGGUUUAAUAGGCUGAUUUCUGUGGAAUGGUAAC